UGACUUGACGUUUUGCACUGACUGAUGAUGACGGUGGCAGAAACAGCGCAGGUUAGCAGCUGUGAGGAGGAGUACCUGCCGAGAUAAUACAAUUUUCUUCUGCGACCUUUUCUCUGAAGACAGAAGAACUAUAAAAUAAACGAAUGAAACUAAGUUGCAAGACAGCAUCCCGGAUGAAGGUCCACAGAGAAGUGUGGAUUUUGAUGCCGUCCGGACUCAAAGGUGGUACUUGUUCUGCUUGGCAUUAUUAAUCUCACACCAGCAUCCAACAUCUGCUGUACCAGAAGCAACGGAUCUGCUGUUUUGCUGAAAAAGGAUCCUCUUCAAAACACGCCACAAUGAAUCGUUACCUGCCGGUGGCACGGCAGCACUUCCUGACUGCCCUUGCCAGCACAAGUGUGGUGGUAAAAACUAUAAGUGCAGUGGUGGUUCUGCUCUAUCUGUUAUCAUGGGCUGUUGACACUCCAUACGCACUGGGGGUGACGCCGGGCUACCUAUUUCCACCCAACUUCUGGGUGUGGACGCUGGUGACCCACGGCGUGGUGGAGCAGCAUGUUUGGGGUGUGGCGGCCAAUGUGGGAACAGUUAUGGCAUGUGGUCGCCUGCUGGAGCCUCUGUGGGGCGCUCUGGAGCUCCUGAUCUUUUUUGCAGUGGUUAAUCUGUCUGCAGGCCUCCUGGCAGGCUUCUCCUACCUCCUCACCUAUGUGGCCACCUUUGACCUGGGCUUCUUGUUUGCUCUACGCAUCCACGGAGUAGCUGGGUUCCUGGGAGGUGUCCUGGUGGCACUGAAGCAGACUAUGGGGGACACUACAGUGCUCAGAGUGCCACAGGUAAGACUUAAAGCAGCUCCAGCUUUGGUCCUUCUCCUUCUGGCCUUACUGCGCCUUUCCGGGCUGCUUGAGAGCUCUGCCCCCCUGGCUGCAUACAGCUACGGUACCCUGUCCGGCUGGGUCUACCUGCGCUUCUACCAGAGACACAGCCGGGGCCGCGGUGACAUGUCAGACCACUUUGCCUUUGCAAGUUUCUUCCCUGAGGCUCUGCAGCCAGCGGUGGGGCUGCUGGCGGGGCUGAUCCACUCUGCUCUGGUGAAGAUGAAGGUUUGCAGGAAGAUGGUGAAGAGGUACGACGUGGGGGCGCCCUCCUCAAUCACUAUAAGCCUGCCAGGGACAGACCCACAGGAUGCAGAAAGGAGGAGACAACUGGCCCUCAAAGCUCUGAACGAGCGUCUAAAGCGCGUGGAGGACCAGUCUGCCUGGCCCAGCAUGGAAGAUGAGGAAGACGAGGACGAGGACGAGGUUAGAACUGACACGUUGCCACUCCUCCCAGGUGGCCGUGACCCUGCCUCCUCCAUUCCAAGACCAGCAGGGGGGCCGAUGAGCAGCUCCCUCUCCUCCUCGUCCUCAGUGUCACAGAGCAGUGGAGUUCCAUCCACAGGCGGAGCGCAACACCCAGAGUCCAGCAUUAUCAGCUUCGAGGAUGCACCUUCUAGAUCGUAACAAAUAGAACACACAUGUACAGAUACACAUGCUCUGUUUGCUGUCACUGGCAAGUAUACUAGUGAGUUCAGCAUUUCUGGUUGGUAUACUGAUCUGUUCAGUGACUGUUAUUAGGUAUACACUCUAUCACACACACACAACCUGUUUGACCAGUUCAUACACACAACCGUGCGCGUACAAACACUCUGUCAGUGUCAUCGUGAAGCCCAAAGGGCUGAUAACUGUACAGUGCUUUCAGUUCAGACAUGUCAGUUGUAAAAGCUCAGUGUAGUUGGGCAAACUGGACACUUAAUUCUCCUCCUUUCUGCAUACAACCAAAAGUCAACCAGAAGUUCUGUCCUGUC